AUGCGAACCAGUUUCGAUCCGGAAAUGGAGUUGCCCAAAUUUCAGAAAUGGUUCCAAGAGAAUCCCCAUCUUUCACGCCAGCAUAUUCAGAAUUAUGUGGUGCAAUUGAAUGCCUUGGAGUCGCGUCGAGGUCGCAAGCCUUUGGAUGUCAAUAAUGUGGUCUACUGGUUUAAGAAUGCUCGCGCAGCCCAGAAACGGGCCGAGAUGAGGGGCAAUGUGACCACCACAAUGAGUGCCCUGGGACACGCGGCCAUGAACGGUUAUCUGAGUCAGCAUCAUGGAGCCCAAUUAGGGCAGAACUCCAGCUCGAGUGCUGGUAGCCAGCCCAGCAUGAGCAUGGGCAAUCUGUCGGGCAAGUCGCAUGAUUAUCUCAAGAGUCCCAUGAGCUUGAAAUCAGAAGAUAUUGAUACCAUGUCCCAGCAUUCCAAUGAUAUGGAUGAGGAGGCGCCUGUAAGUCGGUCAAAUACUCCACAAUUGCCGCUCUCCCUGACCACCCACGAGACGAAUCGGAAUUCCCCGCUCAUGGAUGGCGAUGAGGAGCACGAUGACGAUGAGGCCACAGCACCCACAAGAGCUAAGAGUGAAAUUAGCGAUGUGAUCAAUGGCAAUGUGCAUAGGGACGAACGCCAACAGCAACAGCAGCAGGAGAAAUCCAAUGAAGAGCACAAGGAUGACAUUUCCAAGGAGCAUACGGAAGGUGGACAUAACGAGCAGGAUCAUGAGCAAUUACCCGAUGAUUCGGCUCUCAAUCACAACAACAAUGAGAAUAAGUUGACCACCCCGAAAUGCCGCAGCACACCCAAAGAGGAGGAAGAUGAUCUGGAUAUGGAUGACGAUGACUUGGAGGACAAUGACAAUGAGAACGAUGCCAGUCAUUUGGAUGAAUUUCGUUCCCCCUCGCCGGCCAUGGAUGGCAAUUUGGUGGCCGCCUCGCACAAGGAUCAACAAUUGCCCUUUCCAUGGUACCCAAUUCGAUGUUCUCGCAAUCCUUCAUGUACAUGA